AUGCGUGUCUCUGGGGUUUUCUCGCUGGCCCUCUGUGUCGCAACCUCCCUCUCCUUGACUAUUCCCAGGUCUAGAGCAGAUAUCGUUGCAAGUCCCGUGGAGAACAGAGCUGAUAGAAAGAAUGUGCUUGCGCCGCCGCUGAAAAGAGAGGAGGACAGCACCUUGGCGGCUCCUUUGAAGAGAGAGGACGACAGCACCUUGGCGGCUCCCUUGAAGCGAGAAGAGGAUAGCACCUUGGCGCCCCCUUUGAAGAGAGAGGAGGACAGCACCUUAGCCCCUCCUUUGAAGCGAGAGGAGGACAGUACCUUAGCCCCUCCUUUGAAGCGAGAAGAGGACAGCACUUUGCCGGCUCCUUUGAAGAGAGAGGAGGACAGUACCUUAGCCCCUCCUUUGAAGCGAGAAGAGGACAGCACUUUGCCGGCUCCUUUGAAGAGAGAGGAGGACAGCACCUUGGCGGCUCCUUUGAAGAGAGAGGACGACAGCACCUUGGCCCCUCCUUUGAAGCGAGAAGAGGACAGCACUUUGCCGGCUCCUUUGAAGAGAGAGGAGGACAGCACCUUAGCCCCUCCUUUGAAGCGAGAAGAGGACAGCACCUUAGCCCCUCCUUUGAAGCGAGAAGAGGACAGCACCUUAGCCCCUCCUUUGAAGCGAGAAGAGGACAGCACCUUGGCGGCUCCUUUGAAGAGAGAGGAGGACAGCACCUUAGCCCCCCCUUUGAAGAGAGCAAAUUCCCAGAAGGAUCGUCUCGGUGCGAGCCCUCUGUAG